AUGCUUCUGGAUGGCUGUGUAGGUGGUGCUCGAGGUGGAGACCUUGUCCUGAGCGGUUUUCCUGCGCCUCAGCUCAACCGACGCUAUUGGAGCUACGUGGCUGGUCCACUGCUGUGCCUCCAGUCGCCGCCAGCGACGACGCUGGGUGCGGUGCUUAUGGCUUUCGAGAUGAGGUCGCUCGAAGGGCCGUAUCAGUACUGCGUCCAACAAAUUGAAAACAGUUCUUGCCUGCAAGUUUGCUCUGUGGGGUAUGCGAAGAUCAACUGGCAGCGCUUGCUUUACACCCGAACCUUCGGUUCCAGCCUGGUCCCAACACGCUUUCCUCAGCACCUCCAUGCCUCAAACCUCGGCUUGGACGACCUGCACGACCUGCGCCGUCCCACCGAGCCCUGCAACGCCGUCCCGGCGCCAAGACCGUCCUCCGUCGCAGUCGCCGCGGUGCAGCUGGGGGCGGUCGCCGUCGUCUCGAAGGUGCUGGGUGUCUACCAAGACACGGGCAUGGACUUCAAUGGAGCUGUCCUUUAUCGGCAUGCUACGAUGUCUUGGCCACCCCUCUUCCUGCGGUACUACCCACGAAGCCAGGAGUGGUGUGUUGAGAUGGGCUGGUGCUAUGUGCACGGCUGCUUUCAAGCCAACCCGGAGGCUGCCGGCUGCGGCUCGCCGUGGAUGGGCUGCCGCCAGGGCAUUGAGGUGAUGUGCUUGAAGGAUACUACAUGGGCGAUUCGUGAUUGGAUUUCAUCGAGAGAGCCUGAGUUGCAGCACGCCCAACGGCGGAUCGAGGAGAACUGCUGUCCAGAUGCGCUCUUAACUCUUCCAGGAGCUCAUCAGGAGAAGGCAGGUUUAUUGCGCCUGCCUCUUGUGAUGGGCAAUUACACAGGCCUCAAGAGCGAAUCGAUUUGGGCCAGGGAGCGCUCGGACCUGCGUGCUCGGACCCGCGCAAAACAACCGCGGCUGCGGCGAAGACAUGUGAUUGUGGUCCGUGUUCCAAAAGCAAGCUCAUCAACGCUGGCUUCUGUCUUUGUGCGGCUGGGUCGGUCCUUGGGGCACUUGAUUCCGGUGGGAGCCCAUGAGUCGAGUCGGGCCUCCCUCGGCGACCGGGGGGGAUGCCAGUGA